AUGACCGCGUUCCACCGUUUCCCCCAUCUCCCCUUUGAGCUUCGUGCUCGAAUUUGGGAGUUGACAGUCGAGCCGCGUACUGUCGAGGUGCGUGAAAAGAGAGAGUAUGGGUCAUGGGGCAAGCUUUUACAUGUGACCUCAUCAACACCAGUGCCUGCGGUCCUUCAGGCCUGCCAUGAAGCCCGAAAUCAGGGGCUGUACCAGAAGGCCUUUAAUUUUUCUGCAGGGGUUGAGCCGCGGUAUGUCUGGGUUAAUUUUGAGAUUGACAUGAUCUCAAUCGGAGGUACCUAUUUCGACACGAUUGAACCGGCUGAACAACAGCUGAUUCGCCGGCUCACUAUUCAGCGCGAGAAUACAGACUCCUUUUUUUACUCUGAGUCCCAGGAGCUACAUUUGUAUUCUAAUCUAGAGGAAAUACAUGUUAUCUGCGAGGAUGGCCUGCUGGCAUGGCAAGACUGCUGGGAAUAUUGUCCCUGGCCAUGUCCAAAAGAGAAUCUGAGGUUCAUUGACAAGGAGACUGGGCAGAUUGCGGUUGGCGAGGACCUGGAUAGGAUGGCAGAUGAAUGGAUGGCAACUUGGUGA